AUGCCCUACACCGGUCUCCCACACGAUGAGGAAACCCUCCGCGGCUUCUACCUCAAAGAGUUCCACGACUACUACGGCGAGUCGGCCAACGCGGCGGAGCUGUACAAAGUCCAGCCCAUAUGGAUGCGCUUCGCCCCUGCUUUCCCCCGGAUCGCCUUCCUUCUCGACAGCCUCUACGACAUCUACACCGUCAUCGACGAUGCCCUGGUGGAUUUCCACACCAUCCUGGUCCACUUCGACUUGGAGCGCGAUUGGCUGAAGAUGGGCCUACCGCCUGACACCCAUGCCGACGCCUUCGCUUUCUUCAACGAUGCCAACAUGGAAGGCGUGGAGCGGAUGCUGCUGCUUCAGAUGCGGUGGGCCCUACACAGGAGCAGGAAUGGGCAGCUCGAAUACCUGUUCAGAGAGUGUGCUCGUAACCUUCUCACGGUCGGCAAGCUGGAGGAGCGAAAGCUGAUUCGUGAAGAAUUGACUGCGCCGGAGGGGGAGGCGGCCGAGGCGCUUAGGUAUGCUCGACCUGGCAAAGUAGGGUUCAUGGGGGCGCGGAGAAAGAUCAUGGCAAGAGAAGCAAUGCUUGACGAUGCAUUGAGCAGGAUCAAAGAGGCGCUUGAAGUAAAGGAAGCUCCCCGGGCGUUGUUUGGCGUCGACGCAGACGAGCAUGAUCUGCACGGCACCCAUCACGUGGAUUACCAGUAUGGAAAUGGACCAGUCCCAGAAUCCAAGGACAUGGGUAAGGUUGCCCGUUUCUCUGAUGAGAGUCCAGCACGGCCGCACUCGCCUUCAUGGGAUGUACAUCGGGGAAGGGAAUUGACCCACGGUUUUCGCUCAGUCUCUCGAGAUUCAAUGCGAAGCUCCAUCUACCCCGGAUCAUCGGUGACUACGUGGGCGCCCGAAGCGCCAGAAGACCGUUUCUCAGUCAGUGUCAGGGUGUUUUCAGCUACGACGAAUGGUUGGGUGGAGAGUAUUGCAAAUUAUGACACCGGCUGCGAUGCGGGAAACUUCGUUUCAUCUUCGUUCAUCGAGGACCACCUGAACAUGGGCCAUGCCAUUGAAGAGGACCCCGAGGCUGAUUCAAGGCAGAUCGUUGAUAUUGCUGGAACCACUCAAUUCAAACCCCGAGGGCGGAUAAAGCUCACUUGGGUUGGGAGGAACCUCCACAAGGGCCGGAAAGGCAAGCGGAGCGAGGAGUUUUCCGGCUACUUUUACGUUGCUCCUCGACUUCCAACCGGGCAAACAGCAGAGCCAUUCCAGAUACUUCUCGGCAAGGACUUCAUCGACGAGAACGAGGUCUUCACGUAUCGCGGCUUCAGACUGUUCAGGAUCAAGAAGCCAACUACUCCGCAAGAUACUGAUGAACUAGAGCGUCGUGAGCGACUGCGUCAAGAGAUGGAAGAUGAGCGGCGCAGCGAGCGUCAGGCUUCUGAUGCUGCAUCCAUCAUGACUGGAUCGACGGGGACCUCUGGCAUCUCUCCGCUGCUUGCAGCGACAUCUCACUCGCCCCGAUCGAGUUCCCAAAGCGUGUCAACGUCGGCCAGUGCAGCCAACGGGCUCGGUGUCGAUGCGCAUGCGAUCGCUUGA